AUGAAACCAAAUUUCAACAUCGAUCUCCUAGACGGGAUGCUCUACACCUUACACUCCCUCAAAUUUGAGCCACAUAUUGCCCACAAUCAUAUUGCAAAAAUGUUUGGAGAGGAGCCGUUGAGUCUCCGAGAAGUCUACGAAUUCUGGAUGAGAAUGGAGCAGAAAGAGAUGAAAUUGGAAAAUGGACAAUUGGUCAAGGACGCAUGGUUGAGCCCUUUGGUUGUUUUGGUUUUGUAUCCACCGAAACUUCAAAAACCAACGAAAUGGGCUCCGAGACCCACGCUCACUGAUGUCCUUGAUAAGAUCCCGCCGAAUGUGCUUGUGGACCAAAUGGAUUUCGGAACGAGAAUGGCCUGCCGCAACGCUUCCUACCGCUUCCGCCAAGCGAUCGACCACACCCGAUGGUACAUCGACGAAAUCUCAUUACUCUUCAAUACGGAAUAUGUGGAGUUGGAGACAAGCGACGGAUUCCAUCUGAGUUAUGAGUUCGUCGACGGCGGAAUGAUUCAUCGAUGUCAGGGAAGAAUGAAGUUAAUCGAGACCCGGGAUGUCUACGAGAACUUUCGAAUUAUUCAACCGAAAUUGGUCAAAAUUCUGGAUGAUCCAAAGCUGAAAAUCGGGACACUUCGUAUUGAUGAAUACAGAAAUUACAGUAAUCAUCGACUGAGUGGUUACCUGGAGCCAAUAACACGACAUUUCAAUGUAGAUCACGUCGAAUUUAUUGGUCACAUAGGACCGCAAAGUUUCGCUCUUCUGACGAAAAUCCAGUUUUUAAACAUUCAAACAUUUUGUCACCACAACGUGGAUCCAGGCCAAGUUCCAUGGCAAUACAGUAUGCAGACGGCGCAGUUAUGGCGGAAUAUGAAAGAAUUGAGAAUUUCGGGAUGUUCCGGGAAUUUGAGACCAAUUGUGGAGAACUGGUGGAAUAUGGAGUUUGUGAGAUUCGAGUGGUUCAACGGUGGAAAUGGACAGUCGAUGCAUGACGAUGUAAUGGUGUUGAAGGAGAAUCUGCUCCGCAACCCGAAUCUCAACCAAUUCAUCAUCUACACACCAGACAUGCCUCUAUCCAAUUUCGACGCCCUUAACACCUCCCUCCAGACCUAUAACUUCAUCGGGAGCCAUAAUUGGACAUGGGCUCAUUUUCGUUAUCAGGGCUCCCCUGAGAACAUGUUGUCCGUGAUGGUGGCCACUGAUUUCAUAUGGUUCAAGGGACCACGGUUCGAGGUGGAUCGGGAUGAAAUAGUGAAUGGAAUGAUGUUGGAUUUGCAAUGGGCUCCAGUAGCUCCUCCAGAAGCUCCUCCAGAAGUCGUCGUGGCUCCAGAAAACUGGGGCCCACAAAUCGUCCUUCCGUGGCACGUGGCUCAUGUAGAAGAUGUGGUGGAUCCAGAAGACGUGGCGGAUCCAGAAGACGUUGAGGAAUGGAGCGACGCCGAAUCAGAAUUCCCAAGUGAAAAAGAAAUUUAUUACCAUACCAAUGAUAGCUUAGAUAAUAAAAACCCCAGUGAAAUUUACUAUGAUGCUCAAAACCAAUAA